CGCUGGGAAGGAGCCUGAACAUCUUCGGAUUGAAGGGCGGUAACUCUUAUUCGAAUAACAUUUGCAGCUGUCCGGAAGCGAAUGACUCGACUGAGGAUAAGUACUACACAGACAACAUGGCGUACGAAAAACCUAUUUCAGACCACAGGAGGAAGUGGGAUCGAGAUGAGUAUGAGAAAAUUGCAGCAGAACGUCUCUUGGCAAAAGAACUAGAUGAUGAAGAUGAUGAAGUUCCCGUCAAGAGGGAGCUCCUCAAGCCAAGAGAGUACAAGGUUGAUCUUGAUUCAAAACUUGGCAAAUCCACAGUCAUCACAAAAACAACUCCAGCAUCGCAGCAAGGAGGGUACUACUGCAAUGUAUGUGAUUGUGUUGUCAAAGAUUCAAUUAACUUCUUGGAUCACAUCAAUGGAAAGAAACAUCAACGUAACCUGGGGAUGUCCAUGCGAAUUGAGAGAUCCUCCCUGGACCAGGUCAAGCAGAGGUUUGAGAUGAAUAAAAAGAAAAAAGAGGAAAAGAAGAAAGAAUAUGACUUUGAAGAGAGAAUGAAGGAACUGAAAGAAGAGGAGGAGAAGCAGAAAGCCUACAGGCGAGAAAAGAGUAAGAAUAGGAAACGGAAGCUGGACCCUGAAGAUGAGGAACUCAACACAAAUAUUGAUCCAGAUAUGGCAGCAGUCAUGGGCUUCUCGGGCUUUGGGACAUCCAAGAAAUGAGAGCGAGUACCAUUAUUAAGGAUAUAUCUUACAGGAUGCUACAAGUAGCAUCACAGUGACUGCGUUGUCCGGAGACUUUAGACUCGGAAUGACUUGACAACUUAUAAGUGCCACUAAUAUUCAUCAUCACAAUUGUCACAAUUGAAUAAAACAAUAAAACUCAAUGACAGUAUUCAUUCAACAUCUUGGUUUAUGUUCUGAGUGCUGUGUAAAUGUGUUUCUCUCUCAAUCCAUCAUCAUCUUAUGUAUAUAACUUUAUCAUGUGUUUGGUUGUACACAGUUUCAUGGACAUUGAAAUUUGUUAUCUUAAUAAUUUCUUACAAAAGAUGUAUAUUUUUAUUUAUCGGUCUGCAUAUUCACUGAUUUUUGGAACUUUUUCUUUUGUAGAAGUGUAAUUAGAUAAGAUAUGUUUCAGCUGGGGAAGUUCGGUUUGUACUGAAAUGUUAUUACUACUGUGUUAAGUAAAUGACAUGAAUGAAAAUUUUAUAUUUGGGGAUAUGAUAUUGAAUUGAAAUUAGAAAUUUGUUUGCUUUGAGAAUAGUGCAAUAUAAUUGAUACUGGUACUAAAAUGUCUAUCAUAGACACCUGCAGUACUCAAAUAGUAUGUAGUGGUGUUUCUGAUAUGGUUGUUUGUCUAGUGGGCUAUGUAUAUCUGACAGUAUUCUAGUCAGUCUGUGGUAAAUAAAUAUACAUCAGUUAUGUGUCAGCUAGUAUUCCAUUGACAUGUGCUUCUUUACAGAGUGGGAGUACAGAUGGUUUAAUACUCUCUCAACAAUAAUCAUGUACUUGAAAGUUCCAUGCCAUAGUGUGUACAUUGUAUAGCAGAUUAAAUCUCAGUUUCAAACUUG